AUGGGCGACAUCUUUAGUGCUGUUGUGGGAACCAUGUUGGAGCUCAUCAGAGACCUUUGCUACAAAUCCAUCGGGCGUCAAUUUGGUUAUUUGGUUCACUGCAAGACGAACAUUAAGGAUUUUGCAGAUGAAGUUGAUAAACUCAGCCUUACCAAGGCAAGGGUCCAGAUAAAGGUUGUUGCAGCCGGGAACAAUGACGAAGACCUUCACGAUGAUGUUUUGGGGUGGCAGAGGAAAGUGCAGAGCAUGGAAGAUGACAAGAGCAGAUUACUCCAAAGCAAAGAUAAUCUCAAGUGUCUUGAUGUUUGCUCACGGUACCGAUUGGAGAUCAUGAAGGCACUAAAAGAUGAUGGGACUUAUAAGAUUGGGAUACACGGAAUGCCUGGUGUUGGAAAGACAAGGAUGAUGGAAGAAGUUGCUCAACAAGCCGAAAAAGAGAGCCUGUUCGAUGAGGUCGCCCAGAUUGUUGUCUCCCAGAAUCCAAUUUUGACAGAUAUUCAACAAAAGCUUGCCAAAAGUUUGAAUCUGGAAUUGAACGAAGAGCUUGAAAAUGCGAGAAAGGCGCGAAUAUGCAAUAGAUUGAGAAAUGGUAAAAAGAUUCUUGUAAUGAUAGAUGAUGCUUGGAAUAAUGAAAUUAAGUUGGAGGACAUUGGAAUACCCGCCGCUGAUAAUCAUACCAAGGGCUGCAAGAUUAUUUUGACCUCCCGAUAA